CGGGAAUACGAUGCUUCUUGCAGUCGUCUGCUUUGUGUGCGUACCUUUCAUGAGUCACGGACUCCAUGGCUUUCUUGACGUCGUCACUUACAACACUGGAUUGACGCCAAUUGUGGACCGGUAUAAGGAGAGACGGGUAAUGAUUGGUGAAUCAAUAAGGAAGCUUGAUGCUGACGUCAUCUGUCUACAAGAGGUUUGGUUUUCCACCGACAUGUCAGCCAUUAUGGACGCCGUCGGUAGAGACCGGUAUCCGCACACCUUCAGUGGCCUUCACGUCGGCGUCGGUCAUUUACGGACGACACAUUUCACGGACGCUCCGUGCAUGACCAAAGGCUUCAGUAUUGAGUUCCUGCCAUGUUUUCUCGCGAAAUGCGCCGCUAUGUCGUCAGAUCUUGAAAUGCUGAUGUGCGCAAAACAAAAGUGUCGGAUGUUCGAAACCCUGACACAACCUUGUAUCACGUGCCUUGUGAUUUCCGGUAUCAGUAAUAUCUUGCAAAGCUGUGUGGAUGUCCGGGGAACACGUUUCAACGAGCUGGGCUUGUUAUUGCUAAGUAAGCGACCCAUCGAGCACGUGCGCACGAGGCACUUUGUGGCCGACAAGGUGUUGAUCCCUCGAGGCUACAUAGACGCCGAGGUGGACGGACUUGUGAAGAUUGUAUGCACUCACCUCAGCGCCAAUGUGGGAGAAACAUAUUUCGAAGACCUGGACUACGAAAGCUGGUCCCAACAGAACCUGGCAGAGGCCCGGCAUGUCGUGCGCGUUCUCGAGCACGUGCAUCACGUGAUCGUCAUGGGGGACCUGAACUCGAGCCCGGCCGUGUCACAGGCGGCGGUGGAGCCUGACUUUCCAGACUCGUAUGCCUAUCUCGAGAACCAUGGUUACCACGGUGUUUACGUCAACGAGCACGGGAUCUGCACAUGGUGCACCUACAACCCGCUGACGAAAACGAGACGCAACCUCAUCCUCGAUCACGUGAUGUCAAAGAACCUCACUAUUACCGGAAUAAGGGUACUGAGAACAUUGGACCGCAAUCUACCAGGAAAGACAUUCCCGGCCUCCGAUCAUUUUGGAAUACACGUGACUUUCAAACGCACUGGAUUUUUAAACUAAGACUCACGGGGAUUGCUAAGCUCAUUAACGGCGUAUUUUACAUGCCACGCGAUUGUUAUAUUCCAACAUUAAGUUGACGGAAAUGUUUACUAAGUAGUACAGCCGUAUUUAACGCACGUUCUUACUGUUUUUACUUGAGUUUGCAUGAACGCGAAGUACUAUUUGCAAAUAGGGUUGAACAAGUGAACAAGUGACACAUGCAUAUUUAUAAAUAUGUAUAUGACGGUACGUUUCUUUUGUAUGAUAUGCAUUGUUACAAGAUCAAAGGAUACUAUGAUAUGUAUAAGUAGUUAAUUGAGUCGUGUUCUGAGAAAACUGGGCAUAAUGCAUGUGCGUACAGUGUCGUCCCAGAUUAGCCUGUGCAGUCCACACAGGCUAAUCAGGGACGACUCUUUCCGUCUAAAUAUAAUUUUUUUUGCUAAGAAGAGACUUCAUUUAAAUGAACAAUGUCUUAAAAGUGGAAAGUGUCAUCCCUGAUAAGCCUGCGCGGACUGCACAGGCUAAUCUGGGACGACACUUUACGCACAUGCAUAAUGCCCAGUUUUCUCAGAACGAGACACAAUUUAUCAUAACUAUGGUGCAUCGUGGCCUUAUUGCAAAGCGCAGACCUGUUGUUUUACUUCAAGAGUCACGUCAAUGGAUAUGCAGUCCCGCAGUCUGGUCAGGAUCUACCAUGCCCGCUAAAAAUCGCACAUUGCUUCAAGGUCUCAUAAGAAGGCAGGACUUCUCCAGAACAGACUGGUAAAAUGCCCGCUAUAAGGUGCACAAUAGUUUGUGGUCUUCUGAACAGGCAGGACUACUCCUUACCAGACUUCACAAAUGCCCGCGCUGGAUUGGAGCAAUAUGACCGCCUAUAGCAUACAACUCAUUUUUGCAUGACACUGAUUAAAAGCAAUAAGACACGAGUCUGCAAAUGUGCAACCAUGCCCCUGAAUACUAUUAGAUUGUAGACAAAUAUCAUUUAUUAUUUUCCAAUUACUUUCAUGCAAUUAUCACUUUACCACUUAGAUACAUAUUUUAACACAUUUGUAGUCUCUUAGAAAAUUAAAUUGAAUAAAAGACAUUUCUUACUA